CUCUUAGAGUAGUAGUUUAGGGACCGUGGCACCUGAGAAGCAACCGGGCCCUGCCUGUGACAUUAGGGUCUUGCGGGCAACCCUGGGACAACCGGGCCUUCCCGCUUUAGGGUUACACCACUGCGAGUGACAACCGAGCAAGUCCUUUUGGUUUUAGUGUGUGCCCGGGGCCUCCACAAAUUCGAACCUUUUCUUCGAAUGGCGCAGCUAGAAUACGAGCGAUUUGAUCAAAACUCGACCGGCUAUUUCGAGCAAUUUGUUCAAAAACCGGCCGGCACUUUCGAGCAUUUUGUCCAAACCGACACGGCUGGUGUUUUGAGAGGUUUUCUCGAAACGGGCGUGAGACUGGGUUGGAACAGCUGCCCCUUCGAUCCCCUGCGACACUCUGCCGGGAGAGCCGUUCAAUUUCGUCCUGCGGAUGUUCAGGGUUUAGACUUGCGAACUCCGGCCGGCAUGAGUCAUGACGUGCCGAGAACCUUCCAGCUCGUCCCUGUUUACACCAGGCAGAGAUGGCAGGAACUCGAGUGGGCUGUGGCCCAAAACAUGGCGUCCCAAGGCUGCAUAAAUAUGUCUUUGUGAACAGUGAAGCAAGUGAAGAGGUGGAAGCAGGUCUACAUUGCAUUGUUGACAUCAACGUCCGGGGGCAGACGUGACGUUGGAUUCGGAGGCGCCUUCACUCCAGCAGAUUCUCCGGCCUCAAUAUCUCUGGCCUCACUGGCCUGCUGGCCAACCGGAAGCGGGGUCAGGUGCGACGCAAGGUGCAUCGCAAUCUCUAAAAAGGUGACAAGCAACGUGUGGAGACUCCACAUCUGCUGAAGCUAGCAUCGCUACGGUGGGCGAUGUUGCAGUCUGCAGGACGUUUGUGCAAUAUUCUACUCAGUUUGAGCAAUCUCAGAUAUAUUUCUACUCAGCAGCUUACCUAGAACGUCCCGGUGUUCCAUCAUGUUCUUACUAGAACCCCAUAUGUUCUAUGUAGCAUGUUGUUAGAACGAAAAAAAUCCAGCUGCAGCGAGUACUGGUCCACGCUGGACGGGGGGGACGACCCGCACGCCAUGGACGGCCUUGAGGGGGGGCACCACGACAACGGGCACCACGGGGCUGCGCCCCCCGCUGCGGAGGAGGCAGGGGCCGCGUCAGAGGAGGAAGAGGAGGAGGAGGAGGAGGGGGACGGCUCUGAGCUGGGGCUGCAGAGCCACUGGGACGACGUGUACGCGCACGAGCUGGCGCUGCACCGCGAGCAUGGGGAGCAGGGGGAGAUCUGGUUUGGCGCGGACGUCCAGGAGACCAUGGCCGACUUCACUGCGCGCCUCGCCGCCGCCGUCGCGGGGGGCACCUAUGCUGGGCCGGGCAGCCUGGGCGAGCGGGGGCGCCCAGACGCGGGCGGGGCCGCGCAGUGGGACGUGCUGGACGUGGGCUGUGGGAAUGGCCUGCUCCUGCACGCGCUGGCGCACCGCGGGUUCCAGCGCCUGACCGGCACGGACUACAGCGAGGCGGGGGUGCAGCUGGCGUGCGACCUGCUGGCCCGCCUGCCCGCCGCCGCCUCCCCCGCGCUGCGUGCUGCGGCGCUGCUGGUGGACGACGUGCUGGCCUCCAAGCUGGCGGCGCCGUUCCAGCUGGUGACGGACAAGGGCACCCUGGACGCCGUGGGGCUGCACCCCACGCAGGGGGCCGCGCGCCGCCGCGCCUACCGCCACGCCAUGGCGCACCUCGUGCGCCCAGGGGGGCUGCUGGUAAUCACGUCGUGCAAUAGCACCACCGACGAGCUCAUUGCCGAAUUCACCAUGCCACCAUCAGAGGCAACCCCGGCUUCUAAUGGAACCCUGAACGAGGAAGAAAACGGAAGCGAAGUCUAUUGCUGCGACCCAGCUUUCGACUAUGUUGAUCAUGUGCGCUCGUACCCUGUGUAUCACUUUGGCGGGUCGUCAGGUACUCGAGUCUGUACUGUUGCAUUCAAAAGGAGAGGUUCUCAUUGAUGCCUCCUGCCCAUCCCCUGUGCUUUCAUUGCUACUAGAAGUUAAUGGGUACAGUAGCGUCAGGUUCUGAAAGCGAAAUGGGCUCAUUUGGUGGGAGGGUAACCGUCCUUUGUAUGACCGAAGAAGCUCAAUUCCUUGCACGGCGUAAAAUUUCAACUACGGGAUAUGAUGCAUCCGGAUCCUGGCGAGGCUUGGGCGUGCCCGGGCUCAAAUUCUAAGACUGACUGUGGCGUUUGAGUGUAAUUUUGGCUCAGCUUGACGAAGGCUACUGGUGUAUGCAAAUAACACUAAAGUUAUAAAGAGGUAAACCUGAAAACCUAUGAGGUUACCAGCAUCACCGGCCAAGUGAAGCAUGUAUACAUGAAAGUACGGGCACAAUCAAGCAUGUG